AUGAAACGAACUUUGGUCAGAGCUCUGUGCAAAGUAAUUUUGCCGUGUAGCAAUAUUUCGAAAUUACAUAGUACACACUGCGAAAGAGUUGUCACUGUUAUGGUCAGUUGUGAUGAUACGGCGGUAUGUAUUCUGAACAGUGACAGGAAGAUUCUCAGUUCUCGUCGUUAUGCGAAUCGCGAAAUACAGAAAAGACUUGGAGGAAUUUGCCCAGCUGUGGCGGCUGACCAGCAUCGUUCAUACAUCGAUCUGUUUGUUGACGAAUGCUUAAAUGAAAGUCGUCUACGGCUUUGUAAUUUGGAUGGUGUAGCAGUAACAACAGAACCUGGAUUAAUCAUUUCUCUUCGAGUUGGAGCUGAAAAAGCUGUCUCUUUAGCGAGGAAAGGCUGCAUACCAAUUAUACCAGUUCAUCACAUGCAAGCUCACGCAACAGUUGCUACUUUGGUGAAACGAAUUGCUUAUCCUUAUGUCUCUAUUAUUAUUUCUGGUGGACAUUCAAUAAUAGCUGUAGCUAACGGACCGGAUGAAUUUGAAGUUCUACUGACCAGUACAUCUGGUAGCCCUGGAGAAUGCAUGGAUAAAAUUAGUCGAGCGCUUAAUUUUGAGGAACCGGAGCUACUUGGUUUACAUCCAGGAGCUGCCCUGGAAGUGAUGGCAUCAAGAUCAUCUAUGAAUGGCUGCAAACGGUAUUCAAUCGAUGUAGAUAGAUUUGCGAAAAUGGCUUUGCAUUUCAACUUUUCAUGGAUCAAAACCACAUACUUGAUUAUGAUUUCAAAGCAACAGAUUUUAAAUGUUCCUGAUUUCUGUGCAAGCGUUCAGCAUUCCAUCGCAAAAUACUUGGUCAGGAAACUAAAUUGCUGUUUGCAGUAUUUGAACGAUUCCGACAAGAUUCCGCCUCGUAAUCGGUUGGUUUUCGCUUCUGGUGGUGUUGCUUCGAACAAGUAUAUAUUAGCCAAACUUGAUGAUGCUUGCAAAUCUCUUGGUUAUAGUCUUUAUGCUCCUUCGAAGUUCUAUUGUUGCGACAAUGCAGAAAUGAUAGCGUGGAAUGGCAUACAAUUGCUAGCAAAGGGGCAAGUUAUUCAUAUUUUGUGAGCACCUUCCAUUAUAUCACCUGAAAAAAUACCUGCAAGUAUUUUUGUUUCAUCACGGUCUCCUGUUGGCGUCGAUAUUUCUCCACAUCUUCGGAAAUAUCUCGGCAUGCCUUGUGAAACAUCAGUGAAAACGGCUGAGAGGCAUAAUACUUCACUUAAGUCAUAA